AUGCCCUCGACUCAUUUCCACCUCGUAAAGCACACCAUUGAUGCGUCGCACAUCAGGGAAUAUCCUCGGGCGACGGCAAACUCCCAGGAAGAGGUCUUGAGGCUUGUGGUGAACCAGUACAUUCCCAAGAACAACCCUGACCCACAGCCGGGCGACGUUACUAUUAUCGGUGCCGAGGGGGGCGGUCUCCCGAAGGAACUGUACGAGCCGCUUUGGGAUGACAUUCUGGCCCAGUCCUCCGCUCACGGGUUUAGAAUCCGGUCGAUAUGGGUUCCGGACAUGGCAUGGCAAGGCGAGAGUGGGCUCGUCAAUAAGGAGAAACUCGGCAACGAUCCUUCGUGGGCCGAUGCCGAACGCGACAUACUCCAGAUGAUCACCCACUUCCGCCUACCGGCACCCAUGGUUGGCAUCGGUCAUUCCUUGGGCGGCCCGGUACUGGCCGGCGUUUCCCUCCUGCACCCGCGCCUGUUUCGGAGCAUUCUGAUCCUAGAACCUAUCCUGGGCAUUUGGGACGGCGAAACCAACGGCACCGCCGUGAUGCUUUAUUCUGCAACCCGCCAUGAGCGCUUUCCUUCCCGGGACGCAGCGAGGGCCUUCUUCUCCCAACAUCCUUUCUACGAGACUUGGGACCCGCGCGCCUUCGAGGCAUGGUUACGCUACGGCCUGCAGGAUUGUCCAGACUCGCAGCCUCCGGCCGUCUGCCUGGUGACUCCCAAAGACCAAGAGGUUUUCUCCUUUUUACGCCCCAUCGCCCAACGCUUGUCCAAACAUGGGAAGGAACUCGAAUACGACGAAUCGCGACUGCAGGAUUUCCCCCUGAAGGAGAGGCGACCUACCGCAGAUUAUUUUUACCAGCCUGCAAGCGCCCGCAUCUACACCAUGCUACCGCACUUAAGACCGAGCAUAUGUUAUGUCUUUGGCGGCGACUGUGUUGCGAACCCGCCUGCAGUCCGGGAAGAUCUUGUCGGCAGGACCGGGACCGGGUUGGGUGGCAGCGGUGGGGUUGGGGCUGGGAGAGUGGCCCAAUGCGUGAUCGAAGGUUAUGGGCAUCUGGUGCCUGUGGAGAGGCCUAGAGAAUGUGCCCAGCAUUGUGCGGCCUGGAUCGGGUCCGAGAUCAGUCGCUGGAGGAAGGAGGAGCUGCAAGAGCUUCAGGUGUGGUGGAGCAAGCCCGGUCCGGAGAAACGUGUGCUCACUGACCAGGUCAUGUCGUGGUUAUCUAAGGGCCGGCCAUCCAAGUUGUGA